AUGGGUGAGCAGGAAGAAGAGAAUGUAGAGGGAAAGCUCAUACAGGCCUUAGAGCAACGGGGUUAUCAAUAUGAAUUGCCACUUGGUAAAUUAAGCGCUCGCCUAGAAGUAGUUCAAGUCAAAGACCUUGAAAGCGGAAACAACCGAUACGCCAUCAAGAUUCUGCCUAUAAAUCCUUUGGUAGAUAGAAAGGAUUCUACAUCUGAUGAUGCAAAAGCAAUUAGGUACAGGGAACGAGAACUAAAGGUCCUCAAAACCAAGGAAUUUCAACAUCUAAAUGUUGUCAAGUAUUAUAAUUCGUGGCCAAUAAACAUCGGGAAGAGAUCCUUUUUAUGCAUUCGAAUGGAACUAUGCCGACUUAACCUGUGGGCGUUUGUGUACAAUAACAAUAUCGUUGAUGCCGGCGCUCAAGAUGGCGCUAUCAUUAAAGUUCAUGGUCCAAUUCGAUUUUACGAACAGGUGUUCCCACAAAUCCUGAGCGGCUUAGCGUUUAUUCACCAUAUUGGUUGGGUACAUCGAGAUAUUCACCCCGGAAAUAUACUCAUAGCAAAUCCAAACCCAAAACAAAUGUGUGGUAUUGUUGUCAAGAUCGCUGAUUUUGGUCUCGCCAGAGAAAUUGGCCCAAUAAUCGAUGAUUUACCAUCACUUACCAACAGCGAGGAAUUGGAAAAGCUAUCUUCCAACGUUGGCAAUAAGCUAUAUAGAGCUCCUGAACUAGAUACUGGAGAAUAUGAUUACAAGGUUGAUUUAUACAGCGCGGGAAUUGUUCUAUACUUUCUCAGCAGAUACCUUGAUGAUAAGAAGCAAUGGGCAGAUGAAAUUUGGGCAUUUAAAGCUGGAAAGCGUUGCUCUGAUGAUUUGUUUCAUCAAGAUGACAAGACUUUGGUCGACCUGAUCCAACUGCUGAUGAAAGAAAGAGUGGAACGCCCUGAUGCCAAACAAGCUCUAGAAAUUGCUACAAAUCUUGCCAAACACAAGGAAGUGAAUAAACCUGUAGCUUCUGUGCCGCUAGUUAAGUCCAAGGAGGUGAACACACCUGCUGAAGUUACAGACGGCGGCAAUAACAAUGAAAAUAAUUACGGCAUCAACCCCAGUUUAGGAGCAGGAAAUCCAGCAAGCGAACACCCUACAGAGGCCACAAUUUGUCAAAAAAGAAACUUCUAUGUGAGAGCAGAGAAUGACAGCGCUGGGCGUCGAUGCGAGAUGACGGGUGCCUUAACCUUAUCUAGUUUAAAGGCUGAAGUAGAGAGAUGCACAGGUGUAAAACUCGAAGCUCAAAAACUCGUACAAAUCACCACGAUACCUGGGAUGGAAAACCUUCACAUAAGCGAUAACGACGAUGUUCAGAAGAUGUUUGACAGCGCUGAGGCAGAGAAGAAGAAAGUUGUUAUUCUUAUUUCACAGGGCGAGCACACCGAUAUGUAUAACUAA